AUGAAAAUUUAAUCAAUAAAGUAAAAAAAAAAGAAAGAAGAAUAUGAAUAGACAUAUAUAAUAUUUAAAACAGUAAUGAAUGUUACAGAAAAUGAAUUCUAAUGGGCAUAUACUAAUUAAUAUACUAGAGAUUUUGGACAUAAUUUAAAAUAUAAAAGUAUGGUUCCUAUUUGUGAAUUCUUUUGUCAUGAAUGUGUAGAUGUUCAUAUUGCUCUAUAAUAAGAAAAUGAUUAAAAAGAGUAUAACAAUUAAACUUAGAGUUAGAAAGAGAAGAAAUAUGGAAAAAAGAAAGUAUAUUAAAAUGAAGGUUUCUAUGCUGAAGAAGAACUCUAAAGUGUUUAAUCUUCAUCUGAUUCAGAUAAUUCUUUAGAUUUAGAUUAAAAUGAAUCAGAUCUUGAUAAUUUUAUUGCAGAUUAAAUAAUAGAAUGGGCUAGCAAAAAUUAAUUAGAAGAAUAAACAUAUGAAGUCUUAAAAGAUUAUUUGUUAUUUAAUUUAAUAAAGAAAAGUGAGUAAAAAAGUAAUAAUAAUAAGAAUUAAACUAAGAAAAAAUGAAUUGGAAAGAAGAUGAAGAUUUUGAUUAUUUUUGUAUUAGUUCACAAAAGACUGAAAAUUUUAUGAAAGGAACUUAAGUCUAUUUUAAUUAUGGAAGACUUUCAAAUAGAGAAUUAUUAUUAAGAUAUGGAAUUGCAAUAGAAAAAAAUACAUAUGAUCAUGUAUAUUUAAGAAUUAAUACUGGAAAGUUACUUAAAAGGAAAGUGAAUAGAAUAUUUUAGAAAUAGUAUUUAUCAAUUAAACUAAAAUAUACUGAGUUUCCUUUUGCUUUACUUAAAUUUUCUAAGGCUAUUAAAGGGUAUUAUUUAAAAUAGGUUGUAGAAGUGAGAACCAAGAUUAUUAUUAUCCUGAGAGUGUGUUGAAUAUCAUUAACAUUUAAACUGAAUUAAAAGGUUAUUAAUUAUGAUAUCUUUAGGAUUAACAAAUUCUAUUGAAUUAUUGCAAGAAUUUAAAGAAGAUCUUGUUAGUAGUGAUUUUUUGUUAAAGAAUGAAUAAUUAGAUUAUGAUGAGUAUUUCGCUUUAGUUUAUAGAUUGGAAAAAUAAAGAAUUCUCUAACAUAAUAUUAUAUUAUUACAAUUAGCUAAAGAAAUUCUAUAAGAUCCAGAUAGAUUAUUAUAUACUUGUAGUUAGUAUGAGUCAUCUUAUAUUAAAUAUAUAAGGAUUUAAACUAUAAUAUGA